ACACUUUAAGAAACUACACUUUUUAUGUUCUUUUAUAUAAGAUCUUAUUUGUACUAUGGACCUAAAUUAUAUAUUGAGUAUUGCCUUCGUAUAUAUACUUCUUUUGAGUAACAUCGGCGCCAAACCCUUGAUCAAAUUGGAAAAUGAUACACACGAAUCGCUAGAGAUUUCGACCCCAACACAAAAUGAUGACAAACCCAAGGAAAGCGUUGCUGAUGUCUCAAAAGGCGUGAUGUCUCAAAUGGUCUUGGAUCAGUUUGGAAGUGAGAAAAAUGAUAAUACAGAAUCUAAGCCAACCUUAAAACCAGAAAGCCAUAAAGUUUUGAUUAAAGCACUGGCUGCCAAUCAGGAUCAGACAACAGAGAGCGAUGUAACAAGAGAAACGGAAUGGACUGUAUCAAUACCGCGGUUCAAGCUUGAUGACAUGAGCAAAUGGGUGUACAACCCGUGGGGCAUCACAUAUGGCAAAGUUUGGGAGGAUAAGCGCUUUAAUGUCAACUCAUUGGUUACAAUUCCACGAAUAACAAAAGAUAAAGACCCACAAGAAAAUUACUAUCCAGAUGAUAAUAAUUUAGCUAACGUAUGCGCUGACAGAUCUACAAUCUAUAACAUUCCUAAAAUAAAAAAUUGGCUUUCAAUGUAUCCCUAUUCGACUGUGCACAGUAGCCGGCCGAUCAUGAAUGAGCUCCGGAGGAGCCUGUUUAAAAAGGGCAAUGCUGAGCAAUGCCAUACAGUGGAUUAUUCCCAGUUUCGAGAUUUUCAAGAGUGCAUGUUAAGGCGCCAUCAGCGCCUAGAAUAUUAUAUUCCCAAAUAUCCACUACAUCAACUUGUAAUAAAUUAAUUUUAUAAYUU